AUGCAGUUCGGCGCGACAGUUGGAGAGGCUUGCGCCACAUUUGCCAUCACCAACAUCGACGACUUGUUCGUUUUGGUCACUUUCAACGCCGAAGCAGCAACGAGUAAGGUUAUCACACCUUUUCGAAUAGCCCUCGGACAAUUUAUCGGAUUUACCGUCAUCAUUGCUAUUAGUAUGAUUGGGUUUGGCAUUUCGCUUGUGCUGCCUCCUAAACCUAUUGGGUUUCUUGGUCUACUGCCUAUCCUUCUUGGAAUAUGGAAGUUUUGUCACCUUUUCUUCCCAGAGUCUGAGGAGCACACUGAGAUUAGCACUGCGGCUUUGAUGAAGGGUAUAUUGAAAGUCGCGCUUAUUACGAUAAUGAAUGGCGGUGACAAUAUCGGCACGUACAUUCCGUUGUUUGCGCAAGUCGAAAGGGCGGCAAUCGCAGUAUACGUUGUCGUGUAUUACAUCUUGCUUGCUGUAUGGUGUUUGGCUGCCUCUCUCGUCAUGAGGCAAAGACAUGUUCUAGCGCUCGUGCAGAAAUACAUUGAUUACGUUAUACCGCUGCUCUAUACUGGCUUAGGCAUAUUCAUCAUUGUCAAGUCUGAUUGCUAUCCGUGGACUAUUCAACAGAUUAAUGAUUCGACCGCGUCGGAUCCGGGACAGGGGACUAUGGCUGGUGUGACUACGUUUAUUCUUUUGGCGGCGGGGUGUGCGAUGGCGUGGGCUACAGUGGCGAAAAGAAAGACUCAGAGUACGGUGGACAUUGAUCUUGCUAGAACAGAUGGCACACCAUUGGAAGCUGUUACUAGAGAUGCGGAUGCAGAUGCUCAUUGA